AAAAACACCCCGAUUUUGAUAUCUUUAUUGAUGAUAAUACAAUACAUAUUGAAGAAGCUUCUAAACUUUUUCCUGACAAAAUUUAUGUUGUUCCUGACUACGAGGCUACUAGUGAACUUCAAGGUUCCAAUAUCUACCAUGUUAAAACCACAGUCUCCAACCUCAAAAAUGAAGACUUCACAAAAGCAGCUGAGGAAUACAAAGAAAAGACUAAGACAAGCAACAAUAAAUGA